UGCUAGUGCUGUUAGCUGCUAACAGAGUUCCGCUGAAUGUUACUUAAAAUUUCACGUUUUGAUUAUGGACGUGAAACCAGCGGGCUGCGACACAGCGCCGACUUUCACGAACAUGUCUAAAGGUGACGCGCUGAGAUCUUUUGUCGCUGAAACGCUCGCUGCGGCCACCCGGGAAAUUUUAGCGGUUGUGGAAAGAACCGUAGCCGGUUACGAGAAGGAGGCUUCGGGCUUCAGAGAGGAGAUCGACCGGCAGAGGAGACAGCUGGAGGCCCGCACCCGAAAAACAGGUUUGGAGGACGCUGAGGAAGAAGUCUGUGAUCAUCUGGAGGACUUGAAUAAUAAAAGUGACUCAAGGUUUAUUUCCUUCUGUGGUCAGAGGAUGAAGCUUGACGAACCUCAUGUUGGUGAACUAGAGAACUGUGUUGCUUUCAGAAUUUGCAUCCUGGACCACUCUCAUAGCGAUGAGACGUCACACAGCGAAUGGAAGGAGGUUCAGUGUCCUCGGGGUCUGCAGGAGGCAGAGUUUCUGGACCUGUUGAGGUCUUCCUUCCCUCAGAUGGAUGGAGACAAACGCUUUGAUGUCUUCACAACAGAUGGAAAUAAAACGCUACACCCUUUGAAACUGAAGACGCUAUCACCAGAGGAGAUCCACCGCUCCCUCUGGUCCGCUGGGUUGAUGACGUCUCCCCUCUACAUUAAACUGAAGGCCAGUGAAGAACAGAUGUGGCUUCCCAGAAAAGAUAACAAAAGUGAAGAUUGUCUGUCCACCUUUGACAUGUUAGUGACAAGCGAUGACCCCGAACAGAGCAGUACUCCAGGUCUGCCUUUAGAUGGCAGCAGAACAGAUGUUUUGUCCAACUGUGCCGAAUCAUCUGAAGACAUGGAAGCUGAUGAUGGUGCGGCUGAGAGCAGAGACACUGGCUUUGAUGAGGUGAGUGGCACUGAUGGCAACUGGAAACCAGACAAGUGCCAAGACGAACAACAAGCAAGGAAGCAAAAAUGCAAAAUGAUUACGGGGAGAAAUCCAGAACUGUUCGUCAGGACUCUAAAUGUUCCCAAGAGUAAUGCCGCAUUUGACCGUAAAGUCUGUGGUUUUCUGCAAAAGUCGGGAAAUGAACUUAUCAAACACCCUUGGACUCAAGUCGAUGAUCCAGGAAGUGUUAGUGGAGAGAGCUCAGAGCCUGUUGAGGCGUUGAAGGAUCAUCUUCGGAGUCGUCACAUUUGUGAAGAGUCUCUAAGUGUUCAGAGCUUCAAAAAACGUGCGGAAGAAUCACACAAAUGUGACGUUUGUAGUGAGUCGUUUCCGCUUAAGUCAUCACUGGAAGAUCACCAGAGGCUUCACGAGGCAGGAAAACCACACAGACGCUCCACAUGCUGUGAAGUUUUUGAUCUGAAGGGACAACUUGAAGAACAUCUGCGGAUGCACUCGGGCAGGAAAACAUACUGCUGCAGCCUGUGUGGCAAAUCUCUGAGUGACCGGAAAUCGCUGUCCCGCCACAAACUGGUCCAUUCUGGGGAGAGACCUCACAGCUGUCCAGCCUGUGGCAAACGUUUCAAACUCAUCUCCACACUGCAGGAACACGAGAAGAUUCAUACUGUCCGAGAGCGGACCUACCUCUGUGACGUCUGCUGCAAAAUGUUUGUGACCAGCAACCAGCUGGAGAUCCACAUGAGGACACACACCAAGGAGAAACCGUACCACUGCGGCGAGUGCGGCAAGGGGUUCACCACAAGGGGGCCUCUAACCAUUCAUAUGCGCAUUCACACUGGAGAGACACCGUACCGCUGUCCAGAGUGCGGCUGGUCCUUCAAACGGAAAACUCACCUGGACAAUCACCUCAGGAUCCACUCGGGCCAAAAACCGUACGUGUGUGGGGUUUGUGGGAAAGCGUGCGCUCGUAAAACCUACCUGACAGUCCAUAUGAGGACCCAUAAUGGUGAGAGGCCGUACCAGUGCCCCGUGUGCGACAAAGCCUUUACUCAGAGCCACCGACUGAAAACGCACAUGAAGAGCCAUCAGGUGGCAGAAGAUACGACGACACCGGACUGAAACUCAAAUCAUUACCACUUCUAAUAGUUAUAUAAUGGUAUUAUUAAUAAUAACCAAAAUAGAUCUGUGUCCACAGAACGUCUUAUUUUAACGUUCCAGAAUUUUUUCUUUUUAAAAGUUUUGUAAAAUGAACCAAAAAUCUGAGUGGCCUCAUGGUUUAAAAGAAUGUGACAAUAUGGAACAUACUUUAGCCAAAUAAAAUGUGCAUCUGUAAAUGAAGUCAAAUAAAAGCAUGUUGUAGAGCUGUUUUCAUUUAAAGAAAAAAGUUACUAAAUGGUGUGAAGCCUGUUUAAAAAAAAAUCUCAGUGGGCCCGUUAAUGGUUCUAGAUACGUACAGUUUGUGUUGUACAGUGAGGUGUUUUGUGCCUGUGGGCUACCGCAGCGGAAUUCACGCAAGCAUAAACUCAGCAAGUCGUCACAUCAGAGACGAUACAAAUGACGUGGGUCAUGAAGUUAAACACAGUUUUUCUUUAAUUCACCUCAUGAAGAUGUGAUUCAUCUCUUUGGCGUAAAUUACAAUUUAAAACAUGAUUUUCACUGUGUGUGUGUGUGUAUGGGGGGGGGGGGGGGGUACACUUACAUCUUAGAAAUGAUACUGAGCUGCCACACAGCAGUGAAAUAAAUGACAGUAAGAUAUAAAAUAAUACAUCAUGUUCAGUUUUCAUAAACAAAUGAGCACAUUAAAGUGUUCACACUCACAAAAAGUUGAUCUACCUCAGUCAAUACUACAGUUUUAAACUUCUACAACUUUAACUGCAAUUUUUUUUCAGUCACAAAGGACAUUUCAGACGUUUAUUCACAUAAUUCUACACCUGUACAUUUAUAAUUUCUUGUAACUUCAUCCCCCAUAACAGUUAAUCCGCACCAAUUUAAGAACGGAUGACUAAAGAAAUCUCUUAAAAUGUGCAAAAACUCCCGAUAUUUGGGACACAACAGACUCUAAGAAUGUUAAACAUGUCGACUAUGUGAUGCAUAAUGUUUUACAAAGGCUGCCAGCAUGUAUGAAACAGUUUUUCUUAGCUUUUGCAUGACUAGACACAAAAUAUUUACAACUUUGCUCUCUUAAAACAUUUCACAGUUUAUAAAGUACUUUUUCUCCUCCAAAGAAUAAUUUAAGUGCUAAAGGCAAUACUGAAAACAGUCAUGUAAAAGCGUAACAAGAGUGCUCUCUGAAUAAAUACUUGGAUAAUUAUGAAAAUGUGAAGUACGAGUAUUUAGUAUAAAAUGAUGUACUUGCAGGAUUCACUUAAUUCCUA